AUAAAUUUGCCUUCGUGACACUUUGACACAAAACCUAUAAUCUCAGCAAAUUUUCCUUACAACAUGAAAUUUCCAGCUUCCUAAUAAAUUUAUAGUUUGCAUCGUCGCGAGAAUUUCGAUAAAUUCGUAAUCGUCUGCUAUGCCGCGAAAAGCAGGCCAGAAGAAAGCGCGAAAUCCGCAAAAGUCUAAAAAAAAUAAACGUGGCAAAGGCCAACAAUAUAUUUUAUCAGCAAGGGCACAAGCGGUGUUAAAAACCAUUUUAGAAGACGUGAUGGAAGAAACUCUUGAGGAUGCGAAAAGAAUAGCCGAGAAAGCAGGCAAAGGAAGAGUCUCUUUGGAGGAAGUGGAAAAAGCUCUCAAAAAGCUUUAUAGUCGUUAUUGCUCUCAAUCUCCUCAAUCGCAGGAAGAUCUCUCAAAAAUCAACCGUAAAAGUAAAUAAGAAAUAUAAACAAUUCCAAUUCGUCCUUCCUAAACAAUUAGAUAAUUAACUCAAUGCUGUUUGAAAAAAAUGCUUUUAAGCUUUAAAAGAUCGCCUAGGCUUAAUUAGAAACUUUUUCAAGUGUAAUUGU